AACGGUCUCUGUUUAUGUGUCAGCGGUGGCCAUAGCUAGUGCAGAGCCAGUUGCAAGCGGGAGCAGACAGCCGAAUUCCAUUUUUGUUCCAGGAUAACAAACAUCUUUCACAAGUCGCCAAUAUGUCGGACAUCGGAUCAGAAGAGAUGGAGGAGGAGCAGGGGCCGUACUUAGGCGAAUACGAGGGAGGAAGGAAUGAACGAGACGAACGACACGGCCAGGGGAAAGCAACUCUGCCCAACGGAGACACAUACGAAGGCCUCUACGAGAAUGGGAAACGGCACGGGAAUGGAGUCUAUAGAUUCAAGAACGGCGCUCGCUACAUGGGUGAAUACAUGAAGAACAAGAAACACGGACAGGGACUCUUUAUCUACCCUGAUGGGUCCAAAUACGAAG